UCUAGAAAAUCCAAGAGAAGACGUUCUUUGGAUUGAACAGGUUCAGACAUAAAUUCAAGCCGGUGGCAAGGGCCUUCGAGCACGAGGAUAAAGGCAGAGGAGCAUUUAUGGCGGCUUCGAAGCUCCAAGCAUUCUGGAAUCACCCUGCUGGCCCUAAAACCAUUCACUUCUGGGCACCAACCUUUAAGUGGGGUAUCAGUAUAGCCAAUAUUGCUGACUUUGCUAAGCCACCAGAAAAAAUUUCUUAUCCUCAGCAAAUAGCUGUUACAGCCACUGGAGUUAUCUGGUCACGUUACAGCACUGUGAUCACGCCGAAGAACUGGAACCUUUUUAGUGUCAACGUUGCAAUGGCAGGGACUGGCAUCUACCAAUUGACAAGAAAAAUACAGCACGAUUAUUUCUCGAAGGAGGAAGUAGCUGCUGUCAACGAAUGACGACGACGACGAAAUAUGAUAUAUUCUUCAUUUACUUACCUCUGUGAUGAGCAGAAUUUCCCUUUCCCCCACCACUCCAAAGCCUGACCUUCUUCUAGCCAAGGCUCCAUGACUUUUCUGCAAAUCAAUUCUAUGUUCUUUAUUUUACUUCUGUAGCUAUGCAACUAUGCUUCAAAACUGUUGGAAAUAAUAAAUAAGAUCCUGAUUUAGGCAAACAUAAUAACGCUCUAUGAAACGCUUCCGAAUGGAUGAGUUAUGGAAAUUGUGCAUUUAUAGCAUUUAUGUUGAAGAU